ACAAAAAGGGAAAAAGAGCAAAAUUCGAAUUCCCCCAAUUGAUCAACAAUCUCUCUCUCUCUCUCUCAUCUCUCUCUCUCUGUCACACACGCACACAGAUCGUCCAAUACUACUACUGCUGCUGGAAAUACAUAUCAAUCUGUAAAUUAGUAUAUAUAUAUCUACAGCCUACAGGCUUACUGAUCGUGAAUUCCAGUUCGAAGAAUCUUCUCUCUCCUCCCUUGUGAACAAAGAAAAGUUCCAUCGUUGACGUUUUCUCGACCUCCGAAACAGACUGACAGAGUAAUCAGUGAUCAAAAUUCAUCAAUGGGACAAGCCUUUCGGAAGCUUUUCGAUGCCUUCUUCGGCAAUACUGAGAUGAGGGUUGUGAUGCUUGGCUUGGAUGCUGCUGGUAAAACAACUAUCUUGUACAAACUACACAUUGGAGAGGUUUUAUCAACUGUUCCUACAAUUGGUUUCAAUGUGGAGAAAGUGCAGUAUAAGAAUGUGAUAUUUACAGUGUGGGAUGUAGGAGGGCAAGAGAAAUUAAGGCCACUAUGGAGGCAUUAUUUCAAUAACACUGAUGGACUGAUUUAUGUUGUUGACUCUUUGGACCGAGAGAGAAUCGGGAAAGCAAAACAAGAGUUUCAGACAAUCAUAGCAGAUCCAUUUAUGCUCAACAGUGUCAUCCUUGUGUUUGCAAACAAACAAGACAUGAAAGGAGCAAUGACUCCAAUGGAAGUUUGCGAAGGACUAGGGCUUUAUGAUCUUAAGAACAGAAAAUGGCAUAUGCAAGGGACUUGCGCGCUUAAAGGGGAUGGCCUCUACGAGGGCUUGGACUGGUUAUCUAGCACUCUCAAAGAGUUGAGAGCCACUGGAUACUCUUCAGUGGGCACCUCAGCAUUCUGAUUAAUCAGGCUUGUGUUGAGGCCCUGAUGUUUGUGAUUGAGCUGAAGAUCUCGUGAUUUCACAAUUUGACAAGUCUUGAACUCUAGAUGAUAUUUUUUUUUUUCUGGGUUGUGUUUCUGAAAGCUAUUGAAGUGUAUUUGGUGUCUACUCAUGGCCUUAAAUGGCAUUUUGAUCUGUCACUUCCUUCAUUGUAUAUUACAACAUGGUCACACGGCCCUGCCAUUGGCGUCGAUUAGUUCUGUUGGCACAUACAUGUUCUAUAUAAAGGUAGGUGGAUUGUAUUUUUGCACUC